UUGUAAUAAAAUAAAAAAAAAUUCAUUAAAUUUUCAAACAAUGGAUGAUCCUUUAAAACCCAAAGCAGUGCCCUUGGCGGCCGAGACAGUUUUAUGGUUUGAAUUUCUCUUGGACCCCGAGUUAAUAACCAAGCAUUUGAAGAAAAUAAAACCGGAUCCCUCAGCAUUGGAACUAUUGUCGCAAUUUAUUUCCAUGGUGCCCGAUAAUGUGAUAAUACCACAAUUUGAUUUGACUAAUGCCGAUCCUACAGCUAUGCCGCUACCCACACCAUCAGUUGUGCCAGGUGUAGCCGUUAAUGUAGAAGCUAUACGUUUGACACGCAAACAAUUAGCUUUAAAAGUUUUGGCUCUGAAAGUGGCCACUUGGCUUAAGUGGAAUUUAGAUGUUUUUGAGAAAAAUCUACCCAUACCCAAACAAUUGUUUCUAUUAAGGGAUUUAUGUACCAUAAGUUUUGGCAAACGUGUGAUCAUACCAUUUACCAAUGAAUUUCAGCCCAAAAUAACUAAUGAGGGCAAUGAAAAGGCAGCCAAAUUUGCCUUAACCUUUUAUCAUCGCUGGGUAUUAAGACUGCAGAUCCUUAAAGAUAUAGCGGUCAAAGCCGCCAGGCCCUGUAUGGGUAAUAUGUUUGUACCCCUAGAGCCUAUGCAUCAGUUUUUUGCACCCGAAAUAAAUCCCCAAACUAGCAUAGAAUAUUUGCAAGAAUUGUGCAAAUCAGAUGAACCGUUUUAUGUCUUCUCCUAUGAGACCUUUAUACCGCCCCAUCCCAAUGACGAUGAUGUCAGUGUACCACAAAAAUUCGAUGCUAUGCUACAAAUAUCUUCCGCGGAACUGAGAACACAAAUCUGUUUUGAUUUGGUUAAUUUCUAUUUGUACACCAAACAAUAUCUAUUGGCUAGAGCUGCGGUAAAUGAAUGUCGCUUUUAUUUGAACGCUACCAAGAAAGAAUAUAAAAUGUUAGGUAAAAUACCCUCACAAUUUGUAUUCUGUCAUGUCAACGAUGAUGAGUUGGAGGGAUAUCUGUUGGCGUGCGGCGUAAGUGCCCAGUCACAGACAUUAACCGAACGUUUCAAUAUGUCUCAAUUGACACAAUAUAAGGACAUCAUCGAUAUUUUAAAAUUAGACAAUCGCACACGUGAAAUACCUUUGGUCAAUAGACGUAUUUUGGAACUGGACAUUGAGGGUGCUAUAUCGCAGGGCAUUUUAAAGGAAACCAAACAAUUGGAAAUGCAAGUAUCCGCUCUUAAUUUGGUGCGCAGUAAAUUUGAAGUGGGCAAUAUUUUUGCCAGUAGUGAUUAUUUUGAAAAAUAUUCACAAUUAAAUUGUUUUGUAGCAUUAGUGGAGGGCAUAAUGGAUGUUUUACCUUACUGUUCGCUCAGUGAACGUAACUUGCUAAAGCAAUUUAUAAUUGAUUGUAUUGUCAAGCAUAAAAAUAAACAGUGGUUGCAGGAUAUUAUGCAUUUGAAUAUCUGUUCACCCAUGGAGCUUAAAGAUUUAUUGCAACAAAUACAAGAGGAAGAAUUGCCCCAGCCCACUUUGGCUUUAUUAAAUGAGUGGAAAUUUAAUUCGAAAAUGCCGCGUAUUGAAAUUGGUUCUUUGGAAAGGCAACUCAUAUCCUGUACUAAUGCUAAUACUGUUCGCAAGCUUUUGGUUAAAUUGGCAGCCACCAAUCCUGCUAAACCAUUGUGGACUGUGAAUCCUAGCUGGGAAAUAUCCACGCCCAUUAAGUCUGUGUUAAUGUCCAUGCAAAGAGGUUUUCUGCAGGAUUUUGCCUAUGUUUUGUUGGGUAAAGCUCGAGAAUUGACAGCAAAAGGAAAUUAUGAAGCGGCUGUUUCCAUGUUAAGCAUUUUGAAAUCGGAAACCCAAAGACCGGAACUAUCAAAUGCUACAAUUAUUUCCAAAUUGGGUAAAUUGGUUAAUUGGGAAAUUUUACUUAUACAAAUUACCCAAUGUUUGGAUGAAUGGAAUAAUAAAACCUUGGAUCUACAAUCACUGGGCAAUCGUUGUAAACAAUGUUUACAAUCUUUACAAACUAAUGACAAUAUUAUACCGCGCAUAGAAAUAAUUGAGAGCUGUGCUUUAAUGCUAUUAAAUCUUAAUGAUUGGAAUGCUAUAAUGUUGUUGGACAAAAGACUGCCACAAUUAGAACUGCCCAUAGCUUUUGCUGCUACCUUUUUAGAUAUGGAAAAAAUGAAAGGACCCAAAAAGAUAUGCCGCGAUGCCUGGGACUUGGUUUUGUCCAUGUUUCUUAACACUUCUAAAAGAGGCAGCAGUACAAGCGGUGGUUCUGGCAGUGGUGGCGGCAGUUCACGCAAUUCACCCUGUUUAGCGGUGUCCACUGGCUUACAUCCCUUUUUAAAACGUAUACGCCAUCAAAUGUUAUUCAAUUUGGCCAUUUCCAUGUUGGGUAAAAUACAUAAUAUUUUAAAAGAUGACUCCAAACAUGAUUUAAAUGGCGAAUAUAUGCAAUUAUGGCCAACCGUUAUAAGCAAUCCUAUUGGUUAUAGCAUUCGAUCGGUUUGUGAAACAUUACAUUGGCUACUUACCGAGGCUUUGAAAUACUAUCCGCAAACAAUACCAUGGCUGAAAAUGAAGGGUGAUCUUGAAUUGGCUAUUGGUAAUAAUGAAGCUGCUAUGCGUUGUUACGUCAAUGCUUUAGUAACUGGCACUGACUAUUGUAAUAUUCCGCUACAACGUAAUGUGGCUGAUGAUUAUAUCAUACGCAAAAUGAUUAGAUGUUCUUCCAAUUUGGGUUGUCAUAUGCAAGCAACAAUUUUAUGUCAGUUCUUGGAAGAGAUCGAUUAUGGCAUUGUAUUUAAAAAUCUCACCGAAAAAUGUUCAAAUUUUACGGAUGCUAUGGAUGCCUACUAUAAUUGUAUAUGGGAUACUACACUACUGGAAUUCAUUAUCAAUUUACAUGCUAAAAAGGGUGAACAUAGCAGAAAACUCGAAGCUAUCUCUAUCAUGGGCACUUUGGAAUUGAAUGCCAAUAAUAAUGAUGAAAUCAAACGUGAGGCUGCUUCUAUUAGGAAAUCGCGCUUCCUCAGAGCCAUGGCCAAGCAGUAUUUACUUUAAAACACAAAUUUAUUCAUUUUUUUUCUUUUUUUCAUUUAAUAACAAUAGCAUUUAAGUAAAAAUUAUGAUUGCAAAAAAAAAACAGUAAUGCUGACAAAAUAAUAAAACCCCUUUUUGUAAAUUA